CUGUCAAGACUACCCUUCCCGUGGUGCCCCGCGCGGCGGGCGGCAUGGAGGGGCGCGUGGCGGAGCGGCUCCGCGGCGCCCUGGGCCCCUUGGGCUUCGAGGUGCACGCCUUCAAGGUUGGAUGGUACAAUGCUAUUCUCCAGCCAGGCUUUCAUCUCCCCUACCCAGAUGACACACUGGCCUUCGUGGUCCUCAGCACGCCUUCAAUGUUUGACAAAGCCCUUAAACCUUUUGUGAACAAAGAACGGUUAAAAAUAAUCAGGGAUCCUGUGGAUCAGUGUGUUUCUCAUCAUUUAUCACAUGUGAAGGAGAAAUUCCCUGACCAAAAGGUGGAUGUCAUCUUUGAUUACGAGAUUCUGCCAAGCCGAAAGCCCAAGUUCUUGGCACAGACAGCUGCCCAUGUUGCUGGAGCUGCCUAUUACUACCAAAGGAAGGAUGUGAAACUUGAUCCUUGGGAGAAAAAGAAGAUCUAUGGCGUAUGUAUCCAUCCCAAGUAUGGUGGCUGGUUUGCUAUCCGGGGUCUCCUCCUGUUCCCAGAUAUUCAGGUACCGUUCCUGGAACAGUCUGCCCCUGUUGACUGUGUGAGCACAGAGGAGAAAAGAAUUGAGUUGCUGGAGCUAUUCAAUUUCCACUGGCAGGAUGGCCGCUACAGGGACAUAAUUGAAGUGAAGGAAAGGUAUUCCGAGGAACAAAAAGCCUACUUUGCCACUCCUCCAGCGGAGAGAUUCCGACUGUUAGGGCUGACAGAAGAAGCCCAGAGAGGCACAUUUCACUGAGUAAUGUCGCUCCAUGAAGGGGCAGAGGGCAAGCAAAAGCAAAGUGUAACUCAUCAGGACCUUCUUUUCCACGGUGCUGAGGAGGACAGCGUGCUGAUACAGACAUGGCAAAUCCAACCAGUGUGUGCAGCAUCUCAAUCCAAACAUCAGCUUCUCAGAGUAAGAGGGAGCACUGCAUCAUAGCACUCGUGGUCUGGAGGAAGGUGGGAGCAGUCUGUUCUGUGCUGUUGCUGAUUUGGUGUGUCUUUUGGGGAGUCUGGUAAGAUGCUGAUUAGCCUUUGGUUGGGAAAAGUUCAAGCACCCUGGCCACUGGAAAACCUGUGCUGCUCCCUAGAGAAGUUGGUUUUGUUCUGAAGAGUUUUCUUUCCAAAUGUUUUGGUUUUAUUCUAUGUAAGAGUAAAAAAGUCACUUUUCAGUCAUUGUACUCUGAAAUUUUUUUUUUUUUUGUCUGAACUCAGGGCAGAUACUUUUUUACAUGUAUCCAGCAAUUUAUUACCCUCUGUCAUAACUCUUCCUAGGGAUUAAGUGUUCAGUCUUUUUUAGUCUUGACUUCCUCAGAAAGAAGGUUUGCCCUGUAUUCCUUCACCUGUAGUGAAGCUGGCUUAAUUUAAUUAAGAAAUCUUUUAAUGUCUCCUUUCCUUAACAUCCAAAAGAAAAUUCUCCAGAGAUUGUUUCACUGAGUAGUGUGGUCCUGUACAUGGAGCAGGAGUGAGGAAAACGGAGCCAACAGCAGCCACUUCCUUCAGGGUAGUUACAAAAGGGAAAGGGACAGUACAAAGGUCACAGCUCGAGUCUGCUGUUUCCCCUUCACCCAGGGUCAGCCUCUCAGCACAAGGUGAUGUCUUUACGUCAAUUUUAAGCAUUUAUUCAUUGUAUAGAGCAGCCAACUAAAAUCUUUGAAAAGAUACUGAAUGAUGUCUAUGUGAGUGGAGUUUUUACUCAUGUUAAGAUAACUGACUGAAAAAGACAGUUCUUAUGACCUUUUCCUAAGGUAGAUGAGGUUUGCAUUUAAAGUAUUUUUCAGUGCCGUGCCAGCACACACCACACACACCACAGUUUUACUACCGUAGUUUCCUGUUGUACUUUCUAUAUGGGGGAGAUCGUAAACCUGCAUGCAUAUAAAAACCAUUGCAUGAAGCAUUGUUGCACGGACAGGCAAACCAGCAGAGAAAAAAGAAGAGAGAAAAUAUUCAUGACGUUCAUGUUACUUAUAUUGCUCGAUAAAACAUCUUCAGACAGAAACAUAACAUUUUGUUUAAGAUGACUUUGCCCCAUUAGAUUUGUUCAGAGGUUACAAUGGCACUGGGAAUCAGGAAUUAAUUUAUUUUCAAGCACUUUGAGGCUCAGGCCUCAUUAAAAUAAUAUAAUAAAUUAAAAUAAUAUUUUGUGAGAGUUUUGUUACUUGACUGCAGUGCAAUGCUGGAAAUCGCUAAGCACAUUUUGCCCUUCCAUAAUAUCAACAUGAUGAUGCAAAAAUACUUACUUUGCAGAACUGAGCCCUUUUUAUUUUAUGUUGUGAUUCUUCAUACCUUUUGGAGACUCAAAACACUAAGGUUGCCCUCACACUAAGUCACUGCUUGAUAGUUUUUCAUAGUCUAUAUACUAAUUAAGCAUAAUCAAAAUUCAGCGUAACAAGUUUGUUUUCCUGUAAAUGGAGUAGCAAGCAUGUGAUCGCUGGGUUUGUUCAGUGUAUUUGCUGUUACAAAAAAGUCUUUGUUGCUUUCCAUGCUUUGUUCACCACAUCUGACUAAGGCAGACACCUGACUUACUGUGUGAUAGUGGUAUUGUAAUUUUUAAUUUAAGCAAAAUAAUGAAAUCUGUUUAAAUUCUGUUCUUUUGUUAUAGAAUUACUUCUGGUUGAAAUGUUGGUUGACCUUCCAGAACUUUCCAGCUGAACUGUAAUUUAACACAGACUUGAGUUAAUGGUUCAUAUUAGUAGUAUAUACAAAAUACUGAUUCUCUUAGAAGGAUAAAUACAGAAGGAAUCAGGUUUAUCUUUUUAUAUUACUAUUUAAAGUCAAAUAUUUUGCUAUUUGGGGUGUGGUUUCUUACAAAUAUUUAAUAUUUUGUCUUAGUUAAUUUAUUAAAUAGAUUACCCUAGCCAUUUCAUUUCAAUUUUUGUAAUUUAUUUCUCUUCACAUGGUAUUUUGGUUAAUAAAAUAUACAAAGUUGUAAGUAACCCUCAGUACUGAGUGUUUUGAUUUAAACAAUGCAAUGAUUAACCUGUGGAGAGCUAAAGAUGUUAAAGUGAGAAUCGAUCACUGU